UGAAGGAUGAGCUGGCUGCGAUGCAGCUCGGCGAGAGCGAGGACGUGACGAUGGCGGACGUCGACGCGGCCGACGCGGGUGUGAUCACACUGGAUAAGGUGUCGCUGCUGCAGGAAAGCGUGGACAAGAUGGCGCUGAGCAUGUUCAACGCGCUGCGGCUGCUGCCGGCCGCCACUGGAGACGACACCAAGAAGCAGGAGACCAAGGACGCGAUUACGACGCUGGCGAACGACGUCCUGAAGAUGGUGCAGGAGACCGACGCGCUCAUCGACGACCUGCCGGGGCUCGACAAGACCGAAGCUGAGCAAAUGGAGGAGCUGCGACGACUGCAGAUCCAGAGCGAGGAGGAGGCCCAGACGCUGCGUCAAGUGGCCGAGGAAGCAGAGCGGUGGAUGGAUCGCGCGCGCGACUCGCUGCGCGUCAUUUCUGAGACGCGUCUGCGUCGAUGAGCUUUAUAGAAUAUGGACGACGCAAAGGUCAAUCUGCUCGUCUGCAUUACGAUGGAAGAGCCUAGUUAGAUGCGAG